AUGGAUGAGAAGAAUUUGGGUGUUUUGGAAAGAAAAAUACUUUGGAAAAUGUUUGGACCAAAAAAGAAUAAAAGAGGUGAAUUUGAAAUUAGGAAAAAUGAGGAGUUAAGAGAAUUAUUUGGAUAAGCUCAUAUUAUAGGAAUUAUGAAGAGUAGCAGAAUAAGAUGGGCUGGUCAUGUUUGGAGAUCUGAAGGAGUACUGGGGANCACAAAAAUGGAUGAGAAGAAUUUGGGUGUUUUGGAAAGAAAAAUACUUCGGAAAAUGUUUGGACCAAAAAAGAAUGAAGGAGGUGAAUUUGAAAUUAGGACAAAUGAGGAGUUAAGAGAAUUAUUUGGAGAAUCCGAUAUUAUAGGAAUUAUGAAGAGUAGCAGAAUAAGAUGGGUUGGUCAUGUUUGGAGAUCUGAAGGAGUACUGGGGAGCAUAACAAAAUGGAAACCAAACACAAAACGGUCUCGAGGAAGACCCAGACAACGGUGGGCUGAUAGAGUCAAGGAUGACCUCAGGAUGAUUGGUGUGGAAAAUGCGGAGGAAAUGUCAAGAGAUAGGGAAAAGUGGAAGGAUGUUGUUGUUGCGGCAAUGGACCUUAAUGGCCUUUAA